UGUGCUUUAAAAUAGUGUUAUUGUAUUAUCGAUCGAAGGCAUUUUAAAUAGUAAAGUUUUAACCAGACUUGUCCUUUCGCUGGCGGAAGCAUUGCGUGUCACAGCUAAUUCGAUAUUUUGUGUAGUGUGUUUUUAUUGUUACUAGACGACAAUCAUGGGCAAUUCAAGCUCACUGUGUUCGGAUAAGAAUGCGGUAAGAAGCUACAAUGACAAUGGUUCGCCGCUUUAUCCGACCGCCAGCAACUCAUACAGCCCUUCCAAUGGACAGGUAACGCCGUAUGAGCAAAACACAAUGUACAAAACUACAAUUCCAGUGAAUGAGCAUUGCCAACGCCAGCAACAACAACAACCACAAAUAGCGACCACGGCCAACAGCUGUCAUUGUAGCAACGGCAGCGGCAGCGUCAGUGGAGCUUUCGUGCAAUCAGCUGUUGGUGGAGCACAGCUGACCAACACAAACACUUAUAAUAACAACAACAACAACACUAGCAACACCAUAAAUGAUGACGCAAUGGCUGUGAAACAACUCGCAAUCGGAAUCCCCAUGUCUACGCAACAUUGUUGCCACGCUACCGAAGCUAGAAACACUUUUGCCUCCACGCAAGCACAGUAUGCUCACCAUACAAGUAGUAGUAGUCAAGCGAACAGUAAUCAUACGACUACAUUAACAACAACGACAACAACUGUCGAAUACGAGUUGUCAAAUGGCAUAGCAAAAUUGAGUAAAAUCAGUACGAGUCGAGUCGCCGCCGAACAGUCAUCGUUGCCGUCUCAUUUAUUGCAGACGCAGCAAACCAUAUCGUUUAAGAAGGAACAAGAAGUCAAUAAUUUGACGGAAAUAACUACAACCACAAGCGAUAUCAGUAAAAACGCCAGCGUAUUGCAUAAGGAAAAGGAGCAGCAGCAUUUAUUGCCACCGUUAUUAUCCUCGAAAGCUUUAAAGGAACUUAGUGACAGCGUUGAAGCAUUGAAUAGCUACAACAAUAGUAGUAAUAGAAAUUUACUGACCAGUGUACAGAAACAACAGUUAAGAAACUAUAGCACAAUGUCGGAAUCGAAGUGUCAUUCGCAAAAAAUUAAUUUGGCCCAAAUCGAUGAUGCCGAGGUGCCCGGCAAAGUGAGUGGUCUGGAGCGCUUGCAUCAAAAGAAAUACAAUAAGGGCUUGUCGUUUACCGUUGAAGAGCGACAGCUAUUAGGCAUUCAAGGUUUACUGCCCGCCGUAGUCAAAUCCGAAGAGGAACAAGUAAAGCACGCGUUGAUCUUGCUCGAUCGUCUGGAACAUGAUUUGGAUAAAUAUAUCUACCUAUCCGGUUUGGCUGAGCGCAAUGAGCGUCUUUUUUAUAAAGUGCUCGGCUCUGAUAUUGCCAAAAUGAUGCCCUUGGUCUACACGCCAACCGUUGGUUUGGCUUGCCAAAAGUUCAGUUUGAUUUUCCAACAUCCCAAGGGUCUCUACAUUACAAUCAGAGAUAAGGGACAUAUUUAUGAAGUGCUUAAGAACUGGCCAGAGACCGACAUUCGUGCCAUUGUCGUCACAGAUGGUGAACGUAUCUUGGGUCUGGGCGAUUUGGGUGCCAACGGUAUGGGUAUUCCAGUUGGUAAACUGUCGUUAUACACCGCCUUGGCUGGCGUUAAACCGCAUCAAUGCCUGCCCAUUACAUUGGAUGUAGGCACUAACACACAGAGCAUCUUGGAUGAUCCCUUGUAUAUUGGUCUCCGUCAGAAGCGUAUAACUGGUCAGGAGUAUGAUGCUUUCGUUGAUGAAUUCAUGGAAGCUGCAGUACGUCGUUUCGGCCGCAAUUGUCUCAUUCAAUUUGAGGAUUUCGGCAACAGCAAUGCAUUCCGCUUUUUAGAAAAAUACCGUUAUAACUACUGUACAUUCAACGAUGAUAUUCAAGGCACUGCCUCAGUAGCGGUUGCUGGCGUUUUGGCAUCUCUGCGAUUAACCAAAACAUCGCUUUUGGACAAUAAAAUUCUGUUCUUCGGCGCCGGUGAAGCUGCUUUGGGUAUUGCUAAUCUAUGUAAAAUUGCAAUGGUUCGUGCGGGUCUGUCGGACAAAGAAGCUUCAGAUCGCAUUUGGCUUGUGGAUAGUCGAGGUUUGAUUGUGAAGAACCGUCCUAGUGGUGGUUUGACCGAACACAAACUACAUUUCGCUCACCAACAUGAACCCGUUGAUAGCUUGCUGGAGGCUGUAAAAAUCGUCAAGCCAACCAUGUUGAUUGGUGCUGCCGCCGUAGGUGGUGCGUUUACACCUGAAAUUCUUCAAAUAAUGGCUGAGUUGAAUGAUAGACCCGUUAUAUUUGCGCUGUCAAACCCCACCAGUAAAGCGGAGUGCACUGCUGAACAGGCUUACCAAAACACAGAUGGCCGUGCUAUCUUCUCAUCAGGCUCACCCUUUGCACCGGUAACGUACAAAGGCAAUACUUACCAUCCCGGUCAGGGUAACAAUUCAUACAUUUUCCCCGGUAUUGGAUUGGGCGUAAUCGCCGCUGGUAUUAAAACCAUUCCUGAAGAAAUUUUCCUAAUGGCAGCUCAGAAACUGGCAUCAAUGAGUCUCGAUGAAGACCUGGCCAAGGGCAGUCUGUAUCCACCAUUGGAAAAAAUCACUGAAUGCUCAACAGAGAUCGCUCUUGAGAUUGUUGAGUACGCAUAUAAAGAAGGUUUGGCCACCGUUUUCCCAGAACCAGAAAAUAAAUGUGAAUUCAUCAAGUCGCAAAUGUAUAACGUGAACUAUAGCCCUGCUGUGCCGGAGGUGUAUUCAUGGUGUAAUAAAUUGUAAACAUAGAACAGAAUUAUUUAGCUUAACGUGAAAGAAAUAAAGUGAGUGAACUAAAAUGGGCGAAUGGAAAUGUGGACUCGACGCCAAAAUUGUUACGUGAAGAAAACAUUCAUCAAUAUACAUACAUUCAAAUCUUAUUGUGUAAAUUAAAGCCUCCUAAUCAUACAAAUAUGUAAUAAAAAAUAAAUAUUUAAAUACAAAAUAAUAUGCAAA